AUGGCUAGUCAGGAUAGAGAAAGCAGCAGAGACAACAGACACACUCCUAUGAGUCAAAUUUCUUGCAUAACCGUCACUACUCUGAUAGUGGUUUCUCUGGCAAAUCUGAUACUCCUCCUUACCAUAGUCCUGGAAUCGAUGAAGAAAUGCAACCAGAAUGUUUUUGACAUGUCCGAACAUCUACGAAAUAGACCUGGGAAAAGCCUGAUGUCUCUAGUGGCAGGGAGAGCCCAAGAUGAGACGACCGAACACAAGCAUAUGGCAGCUUUAUGCUUGAUAAAAUACAACAGGGUUCUUCUGAUCUGCGGUACCACCAUCAUAAGCAAGUUCUGGGUGCUCACGGCAGCUCACUGCUGCGAACUGGUGAAAUCGUAUCCUCUGGAGAAGGUAAAGAUUUCGAGUAACUCAGCAAAAUGGAGGAACGGCGUAGCGCAUGACGUGGAAGCGAUAAUGCGGCACGCGAAUUACUCGCAAAGAACUGUGUCGCACAACCUUUGUCUUGUGAAAGUGAAGACGCCGUUCGUUGACAGUUUGGAGGUUCCAAUAGCUCUAGCAGGAUCAAGAUACAAAUACAUCGCCAACACGACCGCCACCACCAUGGGCUGGAGUUCCAAGAACGGCGUCUACGAGUCGGACCAACUCUACAGCUCCAAAGUCACCUUGGUGCCGUUCUCCACGUGCAAGGGUAUCAACAACCUGAACAUUGACGACACCAUGGUGUGCGCUUGGAAUCAAGCGAAGCUGGAUUGUAGUUAUGACUCCGGAGGGCCUCUUUUUCAGAACAACCUGGUGAUCGGGAUAGUGUCCUUCGAGACGGACUGUGCCAGCGGGGACUAUCCGAGGGUGUACACCAGGAUAUCCUACUUCGAGAAGUGGAUCGGACAUGUGGAGGAGGUCCGGAAGGAGAAGAUAGGCGCCAGGUUUAAAAGUUCCGACAAAAAAUACAUAGUUGUACUUAAGGAGGUUUAUCGGGUACAGAGGUACGUCUAUAGUCUAACGAGAGUUUCUGCAGAUUCGCACGUGACUAAAGUAGUAAGCUUUUAG